UCCGCUAGGAGAGGGUGGCGUGGUCGGCGGGCUGGGGAGCAGUUCCCAGCCGUCUGCCUGACAGGAAACGUGCAGACCUCCGGGCCGGCGCUGCUCGCGAGGGUGGGGCUCCGGAGAGGGGGCGGUGCGUGGUCCGGACUCUUGGCAUCUCUUUCUGCAGCUGCUGUGUGUGGAAGAUGGCCUUCCCUCUGUGUCAUAGAUGUGAAAAUGGAGGGCCACCUUAAGGCACAUUGUUAGUGAUGAAACUUCCAUUCUGUCUCCUGACCACCGAUUAUAAACCACUGCAGCAUGUAUCGAUUUAGAAGAAGGUAUUGAUGUCUUAAAAAAAAAAAAAAAAAAAGAGAGGAUUUAGUAAAGUGUUUGGAUUUUACUGAAACUCAGCAAAGAUGGCCAAGUAUGGAGAACAUGAGGCCAGGCCUGAUGACGGACAGAACGAGUUCAGCGACAUCAUUAAGUCCCGAUCUGAUGAACACAAUGACGUGCAGAAGAAAACCUUUACCAAAUGGAUAAAUGCUCGCUUUUCAAAGAGUGGGAAACCGCCCAUCAGUGAUAUGUUCACAGACCUCAAAGAUGGAAGGAAACUGUUGGAUCUUCUGGAAGGCCUCACGGGAACAUCGCUGCCGAAGGAACGUGGUUCCACAAGGGUGCAUGCUUUAAAUAAUGUCAACAGAGUGCUGCAGGUUUUACAUCAGAACAACGUGGAUUUGGUGAACAUCGGAGGGACGGACAUUGUAGAUGGAAACCACAAGCUGACGCUGGGUUUGCUGUGGAGCAUCAUUCUGCACUGGCAGGUGAAAGAUGUGAUGAAGGACAUCAUGUCAGCCUUGCAGCAGACAAACAGCGAGAAGAUCCUGCUGAGCUGGGUGCGCCAGUCCACCAGGACAUACAGCCAGGUCAACGUCCUCAACUUCACCACCAGCUGGACAGACGGACUCGCCUUUAAUGCCCUGCUCCACCGACAUAAACCUGAUCUCUUCAGCUGGGAUAGAGUUGUCAAGAUGUCCCCCACUGAGAGACUUGAACAUGCCUUCGGCCAGGCUCAAACGUACUUGGGAAUUGAAAAGCUGUUAGAUCCUGAAGAUGUUGCUGUUCAGCUUCCUGACAAGAAAUCCAUAAUUAUGUAUUUAACAUCUUUGUUUGAGGUGCUACCUCAGCAAGUCACCAUAGAUGCCAUCCGUGAAGUAGAGACUCUCCCAAGGAAAUACAAGAGAGAAUGUGAAGAAGGGGAUAUUAAUAUACAGAGCUCAGCUCCGGAGGAGGAGCCCGGGAGCCCCCGGGCCGACACCCCCAGCACGGUCACCGAGGUGGACAUGGACCUGGACAGCUAUCAGACAGCCCUGGAGGACGUGCUGACCUGGUUGCUCUCUGCCGAGGACACGUUCCAGGAGCAGGAGGACAUCUCGGAGGAUGUGGAGGAAGUCAAGGAGCAGUUUGCCACCCACGAAGCUUUUAUGAUGGAGCUGACUGCACACCAGAGCAGCGUGGGGAGCGUCCUGCAGGCAGGAAACCAGCUGAUAACACAAGGGACUCUGUCCGAUGAAGAGGAGUUUGAAAUUCAGGAGCAGAUGACCCUGCUGAAUGCUAGAUGGGAGGCCCUUAGGGUGGAAAGUAUGGACAGACAGUCCCGGCUGCACGAUGUGCUGAUGGAGUUGCAGAAGCAGCAGCUGCAGCAGCUCUCUGCCUGGUUGACACUCACGGAAGAACGCAUUCAGAAGAUGGAGACCUGUCCCCUGGAUGACGAUUUACAAUCCUUGCAAAAGCUGCUAGAAGAUCAUAAAAGCUUGCAAAAUGAUCUUGAGGCUGAGCAGGUGAAGGUAAAUUCAUUAACGCACAUGGUGGUGAUUGUUGAUGAAAACAGCGGUGAGAGUGCCACAGCUGUCCUGGAAGAUCAGCUACAGAAACUUGGUGAACGUUGGACAGCAGUGUGCCGAUGGACUGAGGAACGCUGGAAUAGGUUACACGAAAUCAAUAUCUUGUGGCAGGAGUUAUUGGAAGAACAGUGCUUGCUGAAAGCUUGGCUAACCGAAAAAGAAGAGGCGUUAAAUAAAGUCCAGACGAGCAACUUCAGAGACCAAAAGGAGCUAAGCAUCAGUGUUCGCCGCCUGGCUAUUUUGAAGGAAGACAUGGAAAUGAAGCGUCAAGCAUUGGACCAGCUGAGUGAGAUUGGCCAGGAUGUGGGCCAAUUACUUGAUAACCCUAAGGCAUCUAAGAAGAUCCACAGUGAUUCUGAGGAACUGACUCAGAGAUGGGAUUCUCUGGUUCAGAGGCUAGAAGAUUCCUCCAACCAGGUGACUCAGGCUGUAGGAAAGCUGGGGAUGUCCCAGAUUCCUCAGAAGGACCUUUUGGAGACUGUUCACAUAAGAGAACAAGUGACCACCAAAAGGUCUAAGCAAGAACUGCCUCCACCUCCUCCUCCAAAGAAGAGACAGAUCCCCAUGGACAUGGAAGCAAAGAAAAAGUUUGAUGCCCUGAGUGCAGAGCUGCUGGACUGGAUUUUGAAAUCAAAGACUGCCAUUCAGGCCACAGAGAUAAAAGAAUAUAAGAAGAUGCAAGAGACUUCAGAAAUGAAAAAGAAGUUGAAGGGAAUAGAAAAAGAACAGACAGAAAGAAGACCCAGACUAGACGAAUUAAACAAAACUGGACAAAUCCUUUUGGAGCAAAUGGGAAAAGAAGGCCUUCCGACUGAAGAUAUAAAGCAUAUCCUGGAGAAGGUAUUAUCAGAAUGGAAGACUGUAUCUCAGCAUUUGGAAGAUCUGGCAAGAAAGAUUCAGCUCCAGGAAGAUACAAACACUUACUUUAAGCAACUUGACGAGCUUGACAAGACCAUAAAGACAAAGGAGGAGUGGCUAGAACAUGCCUCCUCUUCGUCAUCCCCCCAGCAGGCCUUGCGGAGUGUGAAGCGGGAACUGACGAGUCUCCUUGGCCUCCACCCCAGAAUUGAAACGGUGCGUGCCAGCUGCGCAGCCCUGAAGUCUAGGCCUUCUGCCCCCGAUUUUGUCCAGCAGAGCUUUGAACGCCUCCUGGGCCGCUACCGAUCUGUGCAGCAGGAUUUAGAGGAUCGUCAGCAACAGCUAGAGAACGAAAUGAAGAGCCAACCUGGACAUGCGUAUUUGGAAACGUUGAAAACUCUGAAAGAUAUGCUAAAUGAUUUAGAAAGCAAGGCCCAGACAUCGUUGGAUGUCUUGAAUGAACCUGCAAAGGUGGAGAAGGCCCUGCAGGAAAAAAAGGCUCUUGAUGAAAUCCUUGAGAAUAAAAAACCUACAUUACUUAAACUUGCAGAAGAAACAAAGGCCUUGGAGAAAAAUGUUUCCCCAGAUGUAGGAAAAAUGUAUAAUCAAGAAUUUAAUGAUGUUCAAGGAAAGUGGAACCAAGUGAAGGUCAAGGUUUCCAAAGAUCUGCAUUUGCUUGAAGAAAUUAUCCCCAAACUGAGAGCUUUUGAGGCUGAUUCGAAAGUCAUUGAUAAGUGGAUGGAGGGUGCGAAAGACUUCUUAAUGGAAGAGCAGUCUGUCCAGGGAGAUGCUGAAGGGCUACAAAGGCAGCUUGACCAAUGCUCGGCUUUUGUUAACGAAAUAGAUACAGUGGAAUCAUCGCUGAAAGACAUGAAGGAAAUAGAGACACACCUUCGAAGUUGUCCAGUUGCUGGAAUCAAAACCUGGGUGCAGACCAAACUAGUUGACUACCAAACCCAACUGGAGAAAUAUAGCAGGGAGAAAAAUAGGUUGUCUGAAAGACAGGAAAAAGUGGUGAACCUGAAGAAAGACUUGUCAGAGAUGCAGGAAUGGCUGACUCAAGAGGAAGAAGAAUACCUGGAGAAAGAUUUUGAAUACAAGUCACCGGAAGAACUUGCGAGUGCUGUGGAAGAAAUGAAGAGGGCGAAAGAGGAUGUGCUGCAGAAGGAGGUGCGAGUGAAGAUUCUGAAGGAUAACAUCAAGUUAAUGGCUAAAAAGGUGCCCUCUAGUGGCCAGGAGUUGACAUCUGAGCUGAAUGUUGUGCUAGAGAAUUACCAGCUUCUUUGCAACAGAAUUCGCGGAAAGUGCCACACGCUCGAGGAGGUAUGGUCUUGUUGGAUUGAACUUCUUCACUAUUUGGACCUUGAGACCAGCUGGCUGGACACUCUGGAAGAACGGAUGAGGAGCACAGAGGCUCUGCCGGAGAAGGCAGACGCUAUCAACGAGGCCCUGGAGUCUCUAGAGUCUGUUUUGCGACAUCCAGCGGAUAAUCGCACCCAGAUUCGGGAACUGGGCCAGACUCUGAUCGAUGGAGGGAUCCUCGAUGACAUAAUCAGUGAGAAACUGGAGACUUUCAACAGUCGAUAUGAAGAAUUGAGUCAAUUGGCAGAGAGCAAGCAGAUUUCUUUGGAAAAACAACUCCACGUCCUGCGGGAAACUGAUCACAUGCUUCAAGUUUUGCAGGAGGGCUUACGAGAGCUGGACAAGCAGCUCACAACCUACCUGACAGACAGGGUAGACGCCCUCCAAGUUCCGCAAGAAGCUCAGAAAAUGCAAGCCGAGAUCUCUGCCCAUGAGCUAACGCUGGAGGAGUUGAGAAGAAAUGUGCGCUCUCAGCCUCCAACGUCCCCGGAAGGCAGGACUGCUAGAGGAGGAAGUCAGAUGGAUGUCCUGCAGAGGAAAUUUCGAGAGGUAUCCACCAAGUUCCAGCUUUUCCAGAAGCCUGCGAACUUCGAACAGCGCAUGCUUGACUGCAAGCGUGUGCUGGAUGGUGUGAAAGCCGAACUGCAUGUGCUGGAUGUGAAGGACGUGGACCCUGAUGUCAUCCAGACCCACCUGGACAAGUGUAUGAAACUCUAUAAAACUCUAAGUGAAAUCAAGCUUGAAGUGGAGACAGUAAUCAAAACAGGAAGGCACAUUGUUCAGAAGCAGCAAACCGACAACCCCAAGGGGCUGGACGAGCAGCUGACUUCUCUGAAGGUGCUCUACAAUGACCUGGGUGCCCAGGUAACGGAGGGAAAACAGGACCUGGAAAGAGCAUCCCAGUUGGCCCGGAAAAUGAAGAAAGAGGCUGCUUCUCUCUCGGAGUGGCUUUCGGUGACUGAAACGGAACUGGUACAGAAAUCCAACUCGGAAGGUUUGCUUGGAGACUUGGAUACAGAGAUUUCCUGGGCUAAAAAUAUUCUGAAGGAUCUGGAAAAGAGAAAAGCUGAUUUAAAUACCAUCACAGAGAGUAGUGCUGCCCUUCAGAACUUGGUCGAGGGCAGCGAGCCUGUUUUAGAAGAGAGACUUUGUGUCCUCAACGCUGGGUGGAGCAGAGUGCGCACCUGGACUGAGGAUUGGUGCAAUACCUUAAUGAGCCAUCAGAACCAGCUGGAGCUAUUUGAUGGAAAUGUUGCUCAUAUAAGUACCUGGCUUUAUCAAGCUGAAGCCCUAUUGGAUGAGAUUGAAAAAAAACCAGCAAGUAAACAGGAAGAAAUUGUGAAGCGUUUAUUCUCUGAGCUGGAUGAUGCCAGACUGCAAGUUGAGGAUGUUCGCGAUCAAGCCGUUGUUUUGAUGAAUGCUCGUGGAGGCUCACGUAGGGAACUUGUAGAGCCCAAAUUAGCUGAACUGAAUAGAAACUUUGAAAAGGUGUCUCAGCACAUCGAAAGUGCCAACCUGCUAAUUGGCCAGGAACCAGUAUCAUACCAAUCUCUGGUCACCACUGAAGCAGUUGAGGCUGAUGUGCCUUUCUCUGACUUGGAAAAAUUAGAAAGUGACAUAGAAUAUAUGUUAAAAGUUGUGGAAAAGCCCUUGGAAUCCAGUAAUGAAGAUGAAAAGAUGGAUGAGGAAAGAGCCCAAAUUGAGGAAGUUCUACAAAGAGGAGAACAAAUGUUACAUCAACCUAUGGAGGAUAAUAAAAAAGAAAAGAUCCGUUUGCAGUUAUUACUUUUGCACACAAGAUACAACAAAAUGAAGGCAAUUCCUAUUCAACAGAGGAGAACAAGCCAACUAGCUUCCGGAAUUAAAUCAUCACUUCUCCCUCCAGAUUAUUUGGUUGAAAUUAACAAGGUUUUACUUUCUAUGGAUGAUGCUGAAUUAUCACUUAAUACUCCAGAGCUAAGCACUGCUGUGUAUGAAGACUUCUCUUUUCAGGAAGAUGCUCUGAAGAAUAUCAAAGACCAACUGGACAAACUUGGAGAGCAGAUCGCAGUCAUUCACGAGGAACAACCAGAUGUUAUCCUCGAAGCUUCUGUACCUGAAGUCAUUCAGAUUCGGGAUACACUGACUCAAUUGGAUGCAAAAUGGGACAGAAUUAAUAGAAUGUACAAUGAUCGUAAAGGUUAUUUUGACAGGGCUAUGGAAGAAUGGAGACAGUUCCACUGUGACCUUAAUGACCUCACCCAGUGGACAACUGAAGUUGAAAUGUUACUGGCUGACACGGUGGCUCCAGAUGGUGGCCUAGACCUAGAGAAAGCCAGGGUCCACCAGCAGGAACUUGAAGAGGGGAUCAGCAGCCACCAGCCCAGUUUUGCAGCACUAAACAGAACUGGGGACGGGAUUGUCCAGAGACUCCCCCCCACAGAUGGGAGCUUCUUAAAAGACAAGCUGGCAGGUUUAAACCAACGUUGGGGUGCCAUCAUCGCCGAGGUGAAGGAUCGGGAGCCAAGGCUAAAAGGAGAAAGCAAGCAAGUGAUGGAAUAUAGAAAGAGACUAGAUGAGAUUAUCUAUUGGUUAACAAAAGCCGAGAAUGCUGUGCAAAAGAGAUCCACCACCGAGCUGGAAGAAAACCGGAAAGAAUUAACAGACUUAAACCAGGAGAUGGACAUACAAGCCGAGAAACUCAAAUGGCUGAAUAGAACUGAAUUGGACAUGCUUUCAGAUAAAAGUCUGAGUUUACAUGAAAGAGAAAAGAUUUCAGAAAGCUUAAGAACUGUAAAUUCGACGUGGAAUAAGAUAUGCAGAGACGUGCCCAGUGCACUGAAGGAAAGUGAUCCGGAGCCCUGUUCUGUUUCUCAGACAAGAACUGCUGCUCAUCCUGGUGCCGUAAAGAUGGUGCUAGUAUCCUCUGCAUCAGAACCUCCUGCCCAGUCUCCUCAUACUUCAGAAAUUUCAAUCCCUGCUGAUCUGGAUAAAACAAUAACAGAACUAGCUGACUGGCUGGUAUUGAUCGACCAGAUGCUGAAGUCCAACAUUGUCACUGUUGGGGAUGUGGAAGAGAUCAAUAAGACGAUUUCCAGAAUGAAAAUCACAAAGGCGGACUUGGAACAGCGCCAUCCUCAGCUUGAUUAUGUUUUUACACUGGCUCAAAAUUUGAAAAAUAAAGCUUCCAGCUUAGAUGUGAGAACAGCAAUAACAGAAAAAUUGGAGAAGGUCAGGAACCAGUGGGAUAGCACUCAGCAUGGUGUAGAGUUGCGGCAGCAGCAGCUGGAGGACAUGGUGAUUGACAGCCUACAGUGGGAUGACCACAGAGAAGAGACUGAAGAACUUAUGAGAAAAUAUGAGGCUCGACUCUAUAUUCUUCAACAGGCCCGAAGGGAACCACUUAUCAAACAAAUUUCUGAUAAUCAAAUACUGCUUCAAGAACUGGGUCCUGGAGACGGGAUCGUGAUGGCAUUUGAUAACAUCCUGCAGAAGCUGCUGGGGGAUUAUGGUAGCGAUGACACGAGGAAUGUGAAGGAAACCACCGAGUAUCUGAAAGCAUCGUGGAUCAAUCUCAAACAAAGCAUUGCUGACAGACAGAAUGCCUUGGAGGCUGAGCUGAGGGCAGUGGAGGCCUCUCGCAGGGACCUGGAGAAUUUCUUAAAGUGGCUACAAGAAGCAGAAACCACAGUGAAUGUGCUUGCAGAUGCCUCUCAGCGGGAGAAUGCUCUUCAGGACACUGUCUUGGCCAAGGAGCUCACACAGCAGAUGCAGGACAUCCAGGCGGAAAUUGAUGCCCACAAUGACAUAUUUAAAAGUAUUGAUGGGAACAGGCAGAAAAUGGUAAAAGCACUGGGAAAUUCCGAAGAGGCUACUAUGCUUCAACAUCGACUCGAUGAUAUGAACCAAAGGUGGAAUGACUUGAAAGCAAAGUCUGCUAGCAUCAGGGCCCAUUUGGAGGCCAGUGCUGAGAAGUGGAACAGGUUGCUGAUAUCCCUGGAAGAACUGAUCAAAUGGCUGAAUAUGAAAGAUGAAGAGCUUAAACAACAAAUGCCUAUUGGAGGGGAUGUUCCAGCCUUACAGCUCCAGUAUGAUCAUUGUAAAGCACUGAGGCGUGAGUUAAAGGAGAAGGAAUAUUCUGUCCUGAAUGCAAUAGACCAAGCUCGCGUUUUCCUGGCUGAUCAGCCGAUUGAGGCCCCUGAAGAACCAAGAAGAAACCUACAAUCAAAACCAGAAUUGACUCCUGAGGAGAGAGCCCAAAAGAUUGCCAAAGCCAUGCGCAAGCAGUCUUCGGAAGUUAAAGAGAAGUGGGAAAGUCUAAAUGCUGUAACUAGUAACUGGCAAAAGCAGGUGGACAAGGCGUUGGAGAAACUCAGAGACCUUCAGGGAGCCAUGGACGACCUGGAUGCUGACAUGAAGGAGGCAGAGGCCGUGAGAAAUGGCUGGAAGCCGGUGGGCGACUUACUCAUCGACUCGCUGCAGGAUCACAUUGAAAAAACCAUGGCAUUUAGAGAAGAAAUUGCACCAAUCAACUUAAAAGUUAAAACAAUGAAUGAUUUAUCGAGUCAGCUGUCUCCACUUGACCUGCACCCAUCUCUGAAGAUGUCUCGCCAGCUAGAUGACCUUAAUAUGCGAUGGAAACUUUUGCAGGUUUCUGUGGACGAUCGCCUUAAGCAGCUACAGGAAGCCCAUAGAGAUUUUGGACCAUCUUCUCAGCAUUUUCUCUCCACUUCAGUCCAGCUGCCGUGGCAAAGAUCCAUUUCACAUAAUAAAGUGCCCUAUUACAUCAACCAUCAAACACAGACAACCUGUUGGGAUCAUCCUAAAAUGACCGAACUCUUUCAAUCCCUUGCUGACCUGAAUAAUGUGCGUUUCUCUGCCUACCGCACGGCUAUCAAAAUCCGAAGACUACAGAAAGCACUGUGCUUGGAUCUCUUAGAGUUGAAUACAACAAAUGAAGUUUUCAAACAGCACAAGCUGAACCAAAAUGACCAGCUCCUUUGUGUUCCCGAUGUCAUCAACUGCCUGACAACAACUUACGACGGCCUUGAACAGCUGCAUAAAGAUCUGGUCAAUGUUCCGCUCUGUGUGGAUAUGUGUCUCAACUGGUUGCUCAAUGUAUAUGACACGGGUCGGACUGGAAAAAUUAGAGUGCAGAGUCUGAAGAUUGGACUGAUGUCCCUCUCUAAAGGUCUCUUAGAAGAAAAAUACAGAUAUCUCUUUAAGGAAGUGGCAGGACCGACAGAAAUGUGUGACCAGCGGCAGCUGGGCCUUUUACUUCACGAUGCCAUCCAGAUCCCCCGGCAGCUGGGAGAAGUAGCGGCUUUUGGAGGCAGCAAUAUUGAACCCAGUGUCCGCAGCUGCUUCCAACAGAAUAACAACAAGCCAGAGAUAAGUGUGAAAGAGUUUAUAGAUUGGAUGCGUCUAGAACCACAGUCCAUGGUUUGGCUGCCAGUUUUACAUCGAGUGGCAGCAGCUGAAACUGCAAAACAUCAGGCCAAAUGCAACAUCUGUAAAGAAUGUCCAAUUGUUGGAUUCAGGUAUAGAAGUCUAAAGCAUUUUAACUAUGAUGUCUGCCAGAGUUGCUUUUUUUCGGGUCGAACAGCAAAGGGUCAUAAAUUACAUUAUCCAAUGGUGGAAUAUUGUAUACCUACAACAUCUGGGGAAGAUGUACGUGACUUCACAAAGGUGCUGAAGAAUAAGUUCAGAUCAAAGAAAUACUUUGCCAAACAUCCUCGGCUUGGCUACCUGCCUGUCCAGACCGUUCUUGAAGGUGACAACUUAGAGACUCCUAUCACACUCAUCAGUAUGUGGCCAGAGCAUUAUGACCCUUCACAGUCUCCUCAGCUGUUUCAUGAUGAUACCCAUUCAAGAAUAGAACAGUAUGCCACACGACUGGCCCAAAUGGAAAGGAGCAAUGGGUCUUUCCUCACCGAUAGCAGCUCUACCACAGGAAGUGUGGAGGACGAGCAUGCCCUCAUCCAGCAGUAUUGCCAGACCCUCGGAGGAGAGGCCUCCGUGAGCCAGCCCCAGAGUCCAGUUCAGAUCCUGAAGUCAGUAGAAAGGGCAGAACGCGGAGAGCUGGAGCGGGUCAUCGCUGAGUUGGAGGAAGAACAAAGAAAUUUGCAGUUGGAAUACGAGCAGCUGAAGGAACAGCAGCUGAGAAAGGGACUCCCAGUGGGCUCACCUCCAGACUCUAUUGUAUCUCCUCAUCACACAUCUGAGGAUUCAGAACUUAUAGCUGAGGCGAAACUGCUCAGGCAGCACAAGGGUCGGCUAGAGGCCCGGAUGCAGAUUUUAGAAGAUCACAAUAAGCAGUUGGAGUCUCAGCUCCACCGACUUCGACAGCUGCUGGAGCAGCCUGAAACUGAUUCCCGAAUCAAUGGCGUCUCCCCCUGGGCUUCCCCUCAGAGAUCUGCACUGAGCCACUCGCUCGAUCCUGAUGCCGGCCCACAGCUCCACAGUUCCACAGCAGCGGAGGACCUGCUGGCCCCGCCUCAUGACACCAGCACCGACCUCACGGAGGUGAUGGAGCAGAUCAACAGCUCGUUUCCAUCCUGCUGCUCAAAUCUCCCCGGCAGGCCACAGGCAAUGUGAAGUACUCAUCUAGCCAA